UGUAAUUCCAUUAUCCACUCUCUCCUCCUCCUUGGUCACUCUGUGUCUCUGUGUAGAGAGACGAGACUGGAGUGAAAGAGAAAAUGGCAGUCGCUGGUCUGCAACUCUCGGCUUCCUCAGCACAUGGCCAAGGCCAAGUCUUAUUAAGUUCAGCAAAGUCAUCUCUCUUCUCGGGGGCCCCACUCCGCUUCUCACUCUCCACCUCUGGAAGAGAACCAUAUUCUCGAAAACAGCAGCUCGUUGUCUUUGCUCGGAGACUUUCGGGCUUGGAGGAAGCCAUGAGAAUUAAAAGAGAACGUGAGAGUCAGCAGCUUACACCAAAGGUUAAAAGAAGGCCGCCAUUGAGGCGUGGAAGGGUAUCGCCAGAACUUCCUGUUCCAGAUCACAUUCCAAUGCCUCCUUAUGUUGGUUCAUCUGAAUUGCCAGAAAUUGCCAGUGAACAUCAAAUUCCUGGCUCUCAAGGCAUUGCUGACAUGAGAGCUGCAUGUGAGCUUGCUGCUCGCGUCUUAGACUCUGCAGGAAAGUUGGUUAGGCCAUCAGUAACAACUAAUGAAAUUGACAAAGCAGUGCACCAGAUGAUUAUUGAUGCUGGUGCUUAUCCUUCCCCUCUUGGCUAUGGGGGAUUUCCAAAGAGUGUUUGUACAUCUGUUAAUGAGUGCAUGUGCCAUGGAAUACCUGAUUCUCGACAGUUACAGAGUGGUGACAUUAUAAACAUAGACGUGACUGUCUACCUAAAUGGAUAUCAUGGAGAUACAUCAAAGACAUUUCUUUGUGGGGAUGUCAGUGAUGCAAUCAAACAACUAGUGAAGGUAACUGAAGAGUGCUUGGAAAGGGGCAUAGCAGUUUGCAAGGAUGGUGCUAGCUUCAAGAAAAUUGGAAAGCGAAUUAGCGAACAUGCUGAAAAAUAUGGUUAUGGCGUGGUGGAGCGUUUUGUUGGGCAUGGUGUGGGGACUGUAUUUCAUUCUGAACCAUUAAUAUUACAUCACCGCAAUGACCAGUCUGGUUGCAUGGUUGAAGGUCAGACAUUUACCAUUGAACCCAUCCUUACUAUGGGAAGCAUUGAGUGUAAAACAUGGCCGGACAAUUGGACAACUCUAACUGCUGAUGGUAGCCCUGCUGCACAGUUUGAGCAUACCAUUCUGAUCACUAGAACUGGUGCUGAAAUUUUAACAAUAUGUUAACAUGGUAUUGCUCCUUUUCUUUGACGUAAAAUUUCUCCUCCGGCUGCUGGAAGAAAAGAACAAACCAGAAAAAUUGUGCCAGGAUUUUGAAACUUCAGCACAAAAUCACCGACCAUUUUGUCGAACACUAGCAUUCCUCCUCAUCCAAGUAUCUGUCGCUCUGGCGGUGCAGCUCCAACCUUCGA